AGAGAGAGAGAGAGAGAUGUCCGGUGAGUGGAGGAAGUGAGCAUCGAUCAAGUGAGCAGUGAUCAUGUUGUGUUGUUCAUGCGGUGGCCGGCUGCAGACAUCGGUCGCCCCCCUGCCCCUAAUCCCGCUAAGUAGUCCCGCCUUUCUGCUGCUUGUUGGGGAUCUGAAAAUUGUGUGAUCUGUUGAGGAGGAACACAGCUGACUAAAGAUGACCACUGAGACAUUUUAGCGGCCCCUGGUGGUGUGGAAGAAUGAGGGCGUCUGGAUGAAGGCCAUGGAGCUGAAAGUGUGGGUGGACGGCGUGCAGCGCAUCGUGUGUGGCGUCACGGAGUUCACCACGUGUCAGGAGGUUGUCAUCGCGCUGGCGCAAGCUAUCGGCCGCACCGGCAGGUAUGCCUUAAUUGAGAAAUGGCGGGAGACGGAGCGCCACCUGUCGCCUCAGGAGAACCCCGUGGUGUCCCUCAAUAAGUGGGGCCAGUACGCCAGCGACGUCCAGCUCAUCCUCCGGCGUACCGGCCCCUCCGUAAGCGAGCGGCCCGACUCCGACGGUCUGGCUCGUGGAAGCGAGCGCGCCUUCUACCGCCAGAGCUUGCCGCCUUUGGCCAAACUCCGGCCAUCGGCAGCGGACCGCUCGCUUAAACGCAGGGAGCCCAAACGCAAGUCUUUGACGUUCGGCGGAGGUCUGAGGGAAAUCUUUGGGAGGAGCAGAGACCAGGAAGCUAAGCAGCGGCAGCAGCGAGGCGUGACCUUGAACCUGACUCGGCUUGUCGCUGCCGGGGUGUCGGUGCCGAGUAGUCCGGCCCGCGAGCUGAGCCGACUAGUGCAGCUCCAGAGAGACAAACUCCAGCUUCUGGAUGGCCGCCUGCUGGACUGCGAGGUCCGAUUGCGAGACUGGGAGGAGGCCAGUGAGGAUGGAAACCUGCAGGAGGAGCUUCUGCUUUUGGAGCAGCAGGUGAUGAGGAACGACGCCGAGAUGGAGGAGGAGGAAUUCUGGCAGAACGAGCUGAGCAUUGAGCAGGAAAACGAGCGGCGGCUCCGACAGCAGCUGGCCGAGCUGCAGGGCCGCAUACGCGACUGCGAGGACGAGCUGUCGCAAUACUUGGCGCACAUGCAGAGCAUGGGGGAAGAGCGCCUGCAGCAGGAGGAACAGCUGAGUCACAUGAUCAACGAGGAAGAGCUGCAGGCCCAACUGGAGAAGGUGACAGCAGAGCUGGAAGUGCAGAACCAGCACACAAUUCACCUUGAGAAUGGUUGCCAGGUGUUGGAACGCUCGCUUGGACAGUCAAGCAAGAAACUUCAGGAGAAGGAGCAGCAGUUGGAGCAGCUGACCAAAGAGCUUCGUCAGGUCAACUUGCAGCAGUUCAUUCAGCAGACGGGCACAAAGGUCACCGUGCUGCCCGCCCAACCGGCUGGCGACAGCAACAACAACAACAACAACAACAUGGAGACGGACUGUUGCUCUUUAAGACGUCUGCUACAGCGCGACCUGCGCCACCUGCAGAGCAGCAACACCUGCAGCCUCAACCCUGAGGGCAUCUACGUGUGAUUGUCAUCUGUCAAAACACUUAUUGCUCAUUUGGGCUGCAGGUGAUGUCCCUGGAACUAUACCUGCGCAAUGCGCGGCCCACAAACGGCCUAAAAAGGAAUUGUAGAAUCUUUUUUCGGCUGCAUCUUCCACAUUAAGACUCCAAGUGAUGUCAUUUACUGCAGGAAUGUUUUUUUAAAUGACUAUUAUUGGAAUGCUAACAACCAUCAAGAGUAGGGAAUAUGCACGAGCAUGCGCACAUCACAUUUGAUUGCCUUACGCUGAUGUUUCAAUGCACACAAACUCACCAGCAAAGAAGUCGUUUUACUCUACUUAGAAAAAAAAAGUUCAUGGGAUUUAUUAGCUGAGCUUUGCCUUUUAGUUCCUGUGAGAAUAAUCCGAUUAAUUUUGCUUACCUCCAGUUUUGCUUUAUAACAACAUUCUCAUAUUUUGCUUCCGCCUUCAUUUUGCACGUCAUACCAGCAAUGGCCACUAGAUGGUAGCAAAGUCAAGAUCAUUCGUUUUUGCUAGCCUUAGCGCCAAAGGUGCAUCCUGGCGUGUGAGCAUUAGUCUUUUUAACUAAAAAAAAAAGAUGUCUACUAUAAACCAAAGCUAGUGUGACAAAACAUAUAACCAGAUAUUAGAGGAAUGUAUUUUUUAUGCAGCACCCGCUUUAAAACAGCCAGUGGCCUCUUUCCAAUAACUAAAUGUUUGCAUUUGGUGAGACGCCAGCCUGCUUGCUGUCUUUCUCUCGCAUCAGUGGAUGAUAGUUAGACUUCUAACUGGUUAAAAAAACAAUUUAAUUACCGUAUUUUUCGGACCAUGGGGCGCACCGUAUUAUAAAGCGCACUGCCGAUGAGCGGGGUCUAUUUUCAUACAAAAGGCGCACUGGAUUAGGAGGCGCAUUGAAAGGGUCAUAUCAUGAUUUAUUUUCUAAAUUGAAAACACUUCCUUGUGGUCUACAUAACAUGUAAUGGUGGUUCUUAGGUCAAAAUGUUGCAUGGAUUAUGUUUUACAGACCAUCUUCAAGUCGCUUUCUGACAAGUCUCUUCAGGAUGCGCCGUUUUGUGGGCGGUCCUUUUUACGUGGCUCACCUUCGGCAGAAUCUUCUCCCCGUCAUCUUUGUUGUAGAGGUGUAGCGCGCAAGGACGGUACUCGAAGAAGGGUCAAAAGAUGGAGCUAACUGUUUUAUUACAUCCAUACUUUACUACUUAAAUCAAUAACGGGGCGGCAUGUCAUCAUCAGUGGCUCACUAGUGCAAUAACACUGCCGGAAAUGUGUCCCGUGAAAAACCGUCCGACCGGAACUGUUUAAUAACUAAAUUUCCGGGUAAAUAAUGUAAACUCAUUACACCGGUGGUUUGUAGCGCUUUAAUAGCGAGUAUCUUGACAGAUAUAAAUUAUAACUUUACGCUACUUUAUAUUAAAAUGGCAAGAGCGGAAGAUGAAUGCCCCAUAACAAGAAGAUAGAGGACAAAGUAGGAGCUUAAUCGGCACGGACUACAACGGCGGACAUGCGCACAUUUUCAGGAUUUAUGCAAAUCCGAAAUAGAGAUCAGCAGGUACCAGAAGGUAAGAAAAGUGGGUUUUGCACAAUAUUGCGAAACAAAACGCCAGACAACAUGUCUGCUAUUAGGUGCCAUUUUGCGGUUCUUCUCCACACCAUAAUAAUACCAAAUGUUGAAGCACAGCACGUCUGACGACGGUAGCCGCAAUGCUCCGACAAUUCAUCAAGCGAUGCGGCUUCAUAGCUUACCAAAGUCGUACUAAAACAUUUUGAACGAUUUUUGAGCGCCUUGAGUUAUGUUCUAUAUUCUCAAUGAAACAUCAACGUUUUGGUGUUGCUUGCUGGCGUCAUCGUGCACUCUACACGUAUCUCUUAUGUGUGACUGCCAUCUACUGGUCACACUUAACAUUACACCAUGUACCAAAUAAAAUAGCUUCAAGGUCGGUAAGCACAACCAGAAUUAUUCCGUACAUUCGGCGCACCGGUAAUAAGGCGCAUUUUUGACAAAACUAUAGGAUUUUAAGUGCGCCUUAUAGUCUAAAAAUACGGUGGUAAAAACCAUCGGAAGAUUAUACUAGUAAAAACACCUCUAAUUAGUAAAAAUAGAACAAUAAGUAGACGAUACUAGUGAUGGACUUCUAACUAGUAAAAAGCACCUUUUAUUAGUAAUAAAUAUCAGUAGAUGAUACUAGUGAUAGACUUCUAACUAGUAAAAAUCACGUUAAGUUAGUAAAAAACAUCAUUAGGUGAUAGUUAUGGACUUCUAAUUAGUAAGAAGAUGCUUCUAAAAAAUAAAAAAGGCAUGCCUUACAGAGAGGAUAUUGUAGAUAACAAAAUAAACCCCAUCAUAUGCAGAAAAUGGUUAAUUUUGCUUUGAAAGAUAGCAAAAAAAUGAAUCCGGGUGUACAGAUGUUGCCUGUAAUUAAUUUCUGUUGUGCCAUUUUCAAUAAAAAUACAAAAAU